CUCAGACUGCAGAAAACUUGGAGACAGUCUGUGUGCGUGUGGUUUCCCUCUUCGAUAGUCCCAUUGGAUAGGUCGUUUUGCCUGGUUGGUUUGCUGCCCUCUCCACCUGCGACCGUAAUCUGCUCGACCAUGGUUGCGAUUCAUUUGGAUAAAACUAGAAUGUUCGUAUUCGCCGAUCGCCUCGAGUAUAUAGGAAGCAGGGGUCCGUUAGCAUACGUCUUGUCACAGUAGCCCAUCAUGGGGAAUUCACUUGCGCAACCGACGAGAAGCAUCACCGUCGCCGUCUACCUGGCAUGGAUCAAUGCCUGGAUGGAGUCCCUGUCUCAUCUAAAGCAAGACAGCACACUCAGUCUAGACGAGCAGACCAGACUCUUUCUCCAGGCGAUCUCCUCGCCAGUCCCAGAAUAUGAAACCCUCAAGCGCGUGGCCUCGUCCUUCCAACACUCCCUGCGCAACGGCGAGAUUCCUCUCGGCGGGACAUCUGCGCCCUCAUGCGCGGAGACGAAUCUUGCUUCAGGAACAUAUAAGCCCAUCUCGGAAUGUUCCUGCCGUGGCCUCUUCCCCGUACCAGAAAAUGCAGACAUUCUUGCCGUUCUGGCGCAGACCAACUGCACCGCCAUCCGCAACACCAUCAAUGCCCUCCUGGCCGUCCUCGAGCGAGAUAACGAAUGGAACUCGACCUCGCUGUACACACCCACCACCCUCAAACAAGCCGUCGACGAGCUCAUCCUCGCCAAUUCGAAUAUCCAACCACCCCCGGACACCUGUCAAGGACCAGCAUCGCUCACACCAAUCCCACCCAUUCGCGCACCGGAUCGCCGCCCGAACCUGAAAACAGACACCCACAAAGACAUCCACCGCCAGAUCUAUCCCAUCGCCGAGGAUGUGAAGUUCUGCGUCGAUGCAAAAUACUACUUUGUCCUCGGGGCUGUGCCCAGCGAUCCAGCACGGGAUGGUCUCAUUCGCGCAAUUGCCGACGCCGGCAACGACAUCCUUAUCGGCGAUUACUGCGAGGUCGCAGAUGACAGGACGCUGCAGCUGCUCCAGCAGAACGGGGCGGCGGCGGUUGCGUUUCUGAAACUCUGCGUGCUGUCGGGUUUAUUCCCCGAGUGGGCAUUUGACAAUAUGAUGUCGUCGAUGCUGCAUUUUCGCGUCCUGGGGUACUACCGUGACCAUGCGCGGGAGCAUGAUCUCAUCCCGGCCGGGGUGUACGGGAGUCGGAUGAACGGGCUGACAGUGCACCGGUUCGUGGAUCUGGGGCUGUUUUUCGCAGUCGCUGCUGCGUCGUUGGAUACGGGGGAGACGAUAGACGUGGAGGAGAAGACGGUGCUAAGCCAGGCAUGCGCGCUCAUCAACGACCUGAUCGACCUGCGCAGCGACACUGCACGGCGUCAGCGCGAGAAUGUCGUCUUACGCGGCGUACGGGGGAACCUGUGCGAAUACCUCGACUACCUCGUCGGAUCAUGCCUGGAACGAGCAGCCACAGCAAUCCUCACCAACAAGACCUGCGCACUGGUCGUAAUGGCAUUCUGCAACUGGUCCGUGAUGAGCUCGCAUCACAAAGUAUACGAAGUGAGCACGCAGGUAUCCUCCGUAACGCAGUACGAGGCCUGCACCUACCACGCCGUCGAGGACGGCUAUCUAUACCAGAAUCUGCUUGACGCGUUGGAACCAUACGGAACGCUCGGGCCAGACGGACCGCAUGUUGGCCGAACACGAGCUCAGCUGGACGUUGGAUAUGCGAUAUGUCGAUUAUCGGAGAAGCAGCAUCUGGCGUGGAUGGCGGACAUCACGCGGAGUCUAUUGAAACCAGCCACGCUGAGGAGGAUUGUUGAUGUGGUGCAUUUUGAGUGGACGGGGAGUGUCGGAGAUGUGGAUUACUGUCCAUGAUAGGAACCCUUGCAGGCAAAUCAAUAUAAAAAUCAAGCAG